CCCAAAACACUAAAGCAAGCAAAAAUCUCGCCUUUCCUCUUCGACGCCAUUGAAGCACUGGUUUUUGGAGCUUCGUCGGAGGAGAAGGAGAAGGGGGCGGAGAUGGCGGGGUAUCGUGGUGAUGAGGAGUACGAUUACUUGUUCAAGUUGGUGCUUGUUGGUGACUCCGGCGUGGGCAAGAGCAACCUGCUGUCGAGGUUCACGCGCGACGAUUUCAACCUUGAUUCCAAAUCCACCAUCGGCGUUGAGUUCGCCACGCGCAGCGUCAACGUCAAUGGCAAGGUCAUCAAGGCCCAGAUUUGGGAUACCGCUGGGCAGGAGAGGUAUCGAGCGGUGACAAGUGCUUAUUACCGUGGAGCAGUGGGCGCAUUGCUUGUCUAUGAUAUUACUCGGCAUGUCACCUUCGAAAAUGCCAAGCAAUGGCUGAAGGAACUGAGGGACCACACAGAUCCAAAUGUAGUUUUGAUGCUAGUAGGGAAUAAGUCAGACCUCCGCCACCUUGUUGCAGUGUCAACUGAAGAUGGUAAAGCUUUUGCUGAGCAGGAGUCACUGUAUUUCAUUGAGACAUCGGCAUUAGAAUCAACCAAUGUAGAGAAUGCAUUUACUGAAGUCUUAACUCAGAUCUACCAAAUUGUGAGCAAGAAUGCAGCUGGGACUGGUGAUGAUGGGGUGUCAGUCAACAUCCGAGGUAAAGGAGUGAGAAUCAAUGUUAGAGAUGAUGUUUCUGCUGUGAAGAAGGCUGGAUGCUGCUCCUCUUAGAACUAGAGAUGAACUUACUCUUAAGUAUGUGUUCA